UUUAUUAUGCACAAAGCUAUUGUUUUCUUUGCAUGUGUCAAUACAACUACCUAAUAAUUAAAUAAUUUAAUUGUAAUCGUUUUCAAAAGUUUGAAUAGUACGUUUGAAUUCGCGCCGCGCGAUACGUGCACUAUAUAUGUGAUUUUCCGUUGUCUCUGUCAUUGUACUAUAGUUAAUUAAGCGGGAAACGCAACAAAGUAUAUUACUUUUUGCUUUGAUGAUUUCCCUCGUUAACAGCAAAAAACUUCGUUCGCUGAAUAAUCGUUGAAUAUCAACAAUUGUUUCUGCAAACUUGGAUAAUCACUUGUGUUAUUGCUUAAUCAACUCAAUUAGACCCGGAUAGUCGAAGAAUCUUGCCGCAUUUCCUGAGGAAGCUGUUGAUCGUCGACCCUCGCUUGCGUCCAUCUCCAGCUAGAGAGGGGCUGCUCAACAGGUCCUGGAAGCCUCGUCUUCUUCGACUGCACCUGAUGGACAUUGAGUUUGUCAGGCAGCUUACACAUACAUAUAUUUUCUGUUUCAUACACUCCAUCCUGCAACUUGAUUACUUUUCUUUCAUUAUUUCUCAUUACAACAAUAGUUCAUAUAGACUUUACUCAUUCUUUCUUAUACUUUCUAUUUUCGAGCCUAAUAUUGUCAACCACACCAUCGUCUGGACCAUCUACCACACCACAGCACCUGCGGUUCCUAGAAUAUUAUAUAAAGUUAGCUGAAAAAAAAACACAGACAACAACAGCCACUCAGCGGAAGAUAAGAAUUGCAGCUUGCUUCUGAGGUACUUCGACAGGUUCAGCUCACCGUACUCACCAAUAUAGUUGGAAUAGCAAAAACGGUUCCAGAAUCUUAUCUGCCAACUACAUUCUUCACGUCUUCUGUACACGACUACGUUCUGCUGGAAAAUCAAGUUUUCACGGUAUCUUCACUGGGACCAAAAUGAAGAAAAAUCCCGGAGCGUCGUCUGUAGACUCGGCAUUAAAUAAAAUGUGCGGUAUGAUGCCUUCCGAUACGCACAGUUUCUCGGCACCCGCACUCGCUCAGCCAUCCACGUCAUCCGCGCAUGACAAAAAGAAGAAGAAGAAGAAGAAGAGUAAGGAGGUGGACAAAGAGCGGCCGAAAGGACCAUCAAAGAAGCAACCUUCAAAGUCACAGCCAUCGGACAGACCACACUCAAACUCGCCACAGUUAUACCCACGACGUUCAGCCUCACAACAAUUACACAAACAAGACUCAAACUCACAGCAAAACUCACAAUUACACGCAUCACAGUCAUCCUCACAUGAUCCAUACGAGAAACACUCAAACUCACACGUAAACUCACAAGACCACGCAUCACAAUUAUCCUCACAAGAACAGAACAAGCAACACUCGAACUCACAGCUAAACUCACAAUUACACGCAUCGCAAUCACCCUUACAAUAACCGUACAAGCAACACUCAAACUCACACGUAAACUCACAAGUACACGCAUCACAAUUAUCCUCACAAGAACAGAACAAGCAACACUCAAACUCACAACGAAACUCACAAUUACACGCAUCGCAAUCACCCUUACAAGAACCGUACAAGCAACACUCAAACUCACACGUAAACUCACAAGUACACGCAUCACAAUUAUCCUUACCAUAAUCAGGCAAAGAACGAUCAAACUCACACAUAAACUCACAAUUACACGCAUCACAAUCAUCCUUUCAGCAACCGCAGCAUUCAACGCAAAAAAAGCCAAGAAAAGAAACAAACGUGCAGCAAUCGACACAGCUUCAACCAUGCACUUCAACUGAACCACGUAGAAACGUAACACCGUCAGCGCCGAUAACAGUCGAUCUGUCGAAAAUUUUGGAUAGAUUAGAUUCACUUAACCGAAGAAUGGUUAAAAUCGACGGCAACAUAACGUACGUAUUCUUUAUUCAUCAUUUUUUUAUUGUGUACUUCAUUUAUAGAGCCACGAACGCGAGAAUGGUCACUUUGGAGAAGGAUAUGAAAUUGGUGAAAGAAAGUCUAGCUCGAGUGGAACAAUUAGACACAUCCAUAGACAGAACGCUGAAGGGCAUCGCCAAAAAGCAGAACAGAAAGGCCGUACCUUGUCCUUCCUUCCUGCCCUUUAAAACGUCAGCGGAUAUUCUGGCGUUUAACUAUGCCAGUGAGGAGGACUACAACACUCUCGUGGAGUAUCUAAGCAGCCAAGGUGGCGCGAAUUUCACUGAUUCAGCGGCCAUAUACUUCAGGGAAUGCAUCGUCAUCGACCAAGAUAUUUUCCGCAACGUCACCUGGAGUACUUCCAAAGCUGAAGGUACAAUGGCCUUAAAGGACACACGCUUUGCAAAUGCUUGUAAAGAUUCGAUGCCAGCGGACAAGACGACCUUGCGAGCACCCGAGCCUACUGAUUUCAAAGUGGCUAUGAUGAAAGCCUUGAAAAGUGCCAAGGAAGCUUUUCGGCGCAAAAUGAAGCGACCUGCGGAUAAUCCUAUUGAACCACCGCCGCCGAUACAUCGUCCGCGCGUUGUCUUGGCAUCGGACCUAGAUGAGGAGCAAGACGGAGAGCAAAGCGCCGGCAGCGAGGACGACAACGACGAGGAGCAGGAUACCGAGAGCAAGAGCGGGACAGACGACGAGAGCGGCACAGAGAGCGAGGUGGACGAUGAUGAUGCUGGGAUCACCGACGGCGAGAUCAGCGACCAAGGCGACGACAACGAUGAUGACCACACAAAGCGUGACUACGCCUCCGAUGCCUCGGAAAUUUUUAAUAAUUUCUAAUUUCUUUUCAAAUUUUACUUCUUUCUUUUCUUGUGCUUCUUCUUCUUUCUCUUUAUUAUUUCACUAUUAUGCUCUCUGAUGUUUUAGUUUUUUCAGUUGUUCAUUAUUUGAGUUUAUUUUCUAAUGGAAAUGUCAGGGAGCAUCAGUGGGGUUUUCGCGUGGUGGAGGUCUUCCGGUUUCUAAUUACUUUCAUAAAUACUGUUGCUCAUUUCUUCUUCUUUCGCUUUACUAUGUUUUUGUUCUAUUAAUUAAUUUGUUUUCAGGUCUAUAAAAAUACACAUGGUUGCCUUUCAUAUUAUUCUAAUUAUUAAUUAUUGUAUUAGUGCACAUGUGAAUUUUUGAACGCUCUCUGAUCUUUUACUUUUCAAAGAUGUAUAGAUAUUGUUAAUAUUUCUAUAUCUCUAUUUAUUUAUUUAUUUAUUUAGUGCUUUAUUAUUUUUGUAUAUUUUUAAAUCAAAAAAGAUCAGGGAGCGUCGGAGGAGCUGAUGCUGUGGUCGAGCUUCACGGAGAGGGGCGGUGGUCGGGGCCCCUCUCACCCAAAAAUAUUAAUCAUUAUUUUUAUUUUUAAAUUUAAGCACCAUCAGAAGCGCAGCCAGGAAUAUGCGUCAAAAUUAGGAUUAUCUUUAUACAUAAGUAUAUUAUCUAGCGUUUAUAAUUUAUUCAAUUACAAAUUUAAAUCUGUUUUAUAUUUAUUUGCAGCGGCAGCAGCAAAGUCAACAAUAAUAACAAGGAAGUGUGCCGAUUGUUCUCCUCGCCUCCAGGAGUCGUCCAAUUUUCAACUGCUUUAUUAUUAUUUAAUAUUGUUCGUUUAUUAAUUAAUAUUAUUAUUAUUCUUGUUAUCAUUAUAUUAGAUUGAUCAAAGCUCAAAAAUUGUUAUGUAUAUUUUAUUCGA